CAGCAUUGCUCCAUUUACAGGUGCUCAAACCUCCACCAGGGACCUGUCGGAGACCUGCAGUGACUCCUCCCUGGCAUCUCCAGUGGAGACUCAGCCUCGCCAGGACUCCUCUGGGAUCACCUCCGGCCUGUCCAGCAGUCAGUCCCACAGCUCGGAGGAUGUCUCCACCUCUUCGGCCACGGCCAAACCGCGUCUGAAGAAGCGCUUCUCGCUGCGGAACGUCAGCCGCAGCGUACGGGGUAGCGUCAGGGGGAUUCUUCAGUGGAGAAGCUCGGCGGAAUCCCCCCACUGAUGAGACAGGGGCCAACAGCAACUGCAAUUCCUCAGCCGGCAGGGCAGGCGGAGAACGAUGGACACACAGGUUCGAGAAGCUGCGGCUAAGCAGACCUCCGGCCCCCAGGCUGGAGCUGCGGGACGUGCGGCGGGAAGGGGUUUUGAACUUCGUGGUGGCAGAAGAGGUGAACAGCAGCAGCCGGGCUCGGUGGCAGAAAUGCCGGCUUCUAUUGCGAAAACCCGAGAGCGAUGGGUAUAUAUUGGAGUUCUACAUUCCUCCCAAGGCCACAAAGCCACGGGUCAGCAUCCCAUGCUCAUCUAUUGCUGAUGUACGGACCACAACGCCAUUGGAGAUGCCAGACAAGGAAAACACAUUUGUGUUGAAGACAGAGAAUUCCUCGGAGUACAUCCUGGAGUCAGUAGACCCCUUGCAGAUGAGAUCCUGGCUCUCUGACAUACAGGACUGCAUGAUGUCUAGCAGGGAAAGACCUGACCCCUCAGAACCUAUUCAUAUAAACCAUUCGGAAAGUAUGCCCAGCCGGGAUCUACCUCUGAUACCCACGGAGAGCAACGAGCAGCUCUGCCAAGGAGCCUAUGGUGGCCUUUCUGAUCGGCCCUCUGCAUCCAUCUCACCCACUUCAGUUUCCAUGACCGCCUCACACUUUGACUCUAUGGAACUUCUCCCACCAGAGCUGCCUCCUCGAGCACCUAUUGAUGAGGGGGAGAGACCUCAAACCGCUAUGGGGGCCCCUUUUCCAGACACCCCUGACACUACAGCUUCAUUCCUAUGCCAAGGAGAGCAGGACCCUGGAGAUGGGGAGCACCCAUUAUCGGAGUACCAGUGGUUCCAUGGUACACUGUCACGACUUAAAGCAGCCCAGCUUGUGCUCGCAGGGGGCACCAACAGCCACGGUGUCUUUUUGGUGCGGCAGAGCGAGACUCGAAGAGGGGAGUACGUGCUGACUUUCAACUUCCAGGGCAAAGCCAAGCACCUCCGCUUGUCCCUGAAUGAGGAUGGCCAGUGCCGAGUGCAACACCUCUGGUUUCAGACCAUCUUCGACAUGCUA